UGGUAUAGAAUGGUGAUUUUAUAGUAGAAGGUAGCAGAUUUUUGGGGCUAAAACUAGUUUAUAUAGAGGUAUCCUCGGUCACCUUUGGCAAGUAAAUGGGAUAAAUAAAUAUAAUGACUAUACCUUCAUACAAAUCACGCCAUAUGACAACAAGCAGCUGAAGACCUUAAUGACACUCACCGAUUCAGAUGACGUGGACAUAAUGAAACAUAGCCACGGUUUGAACGACACUACUGAUGUGCUUGUGUCGCCAAAAGAUCGGAUGAAGGUAGAAAAGUUUGCCAAGUUGAGAGGGAUGGGUGUUAAACUUGUAGACCAUUAUGGCAGAUAUUUCGAUAAGGAGGUGGCACUGAUAAUAAAACAUGACCAGUACCGGUCAUUACAAUAUAAUUCCUACCAAGAUAUAUCAAAGCACUUAAAAACUCUAUUAAAAGAAAAUCGCCGCUAUGUGAAACUGCAGGAUCUUGGUACGAGUUACGAAGGUCGAGUCAUGACCCUGAUCAAGAUCUCCGCUAACCACGGAGCCAGGAAUCCUAUCAUCUUUCUAGAUGCAGGUGCCCAUGCACGUGAGUGGGCGGCCCCUGCAUUUGCGAUGUACAUAAUCGACCAGCUGGUAAUGACGUUAAAUAAAAGUGAAACGGAAGAUCUGCUCGGCGUGGACUGGUACAUACUGCCCGUGGUCAACCCUGACGGCUAUGAGUACUCGAGAUCGGACCCUGAUAACCGUAUGUGGAGAAAAACGAGAUCGAAAACAUGGAGAGAGGAAUGCUUCGGGGCAGAUAUCAAUCGAAAUUACGAUUUCAUGUGGGGUUACCGCGGCGCUUCUUUCGAUCCUUGCAACUUCCAAACGUAUGCUGGUGAAAAGGCUUUCUCUGAACGCGAGACGAGACUAGUCCGCAAAGUUAUGAAGGAUAACUCCAAACGUAUCAAGCUGUAUAUGUCUAUACACUCAUACGGGGAAUACUUAAUUCAUCCUUGGGGUUUUACGGGAAGUUAUCUGCCAGAUCAAUGGGAGAAGUUCAAUCGUCUAGCACAAGUGUAUUCUAAGGCUGUAGUCAACGCGGGAGGGCGACCGUUUAGAGUCAUGAGCACUGGGCAAUGGUACCCAGCUUCCGGCGGAAGCGGUGAUUAUGCUUUUGCGGUGGAAAAGAUUCCAUACACAUACACUUUGGAAAUUACAGACGGCUACCAAUUCAACUAUCCAGAGGAACUCCUGCACACAGUUCUGCCACAGUAUUACGAAGGUUUGAAAGUUAUGGCUGAAGAAAUGAAACGAGAUUUUCCCAAUAAAGGCUGAAUGACAAU